AUGGAAGAGCCUCGCAAAGGAAAGGAGGAGAAGCGCGAGAAAGAAGAGAAGGGCAGGGAAGAAGUGCGUUACCGGGGGGUCCGAAGGAGGCCAUGGGGAAAGUUUGCAGCUGAGAUCCGAGACCCAUCAAGGCAUGGUGCUCGUCUGUGGCUUGGGACGUUCGAUACAGCUGAAGAAGCAGCUAGGGCAUAUGAUCGCGCUGCAUUUAACUUAAGGGGUCACCUUGCAAUUCUUAACUUCCCUAAUGAGUAUUAUCCUCAAGUCGCAGGCUUUCCACCUCAUCCUCCUCAAUUUUCAUCGUCUACUUCUUCUUCAGCUCCUAGUGGGAGUACUUCUGAGAGGGGAAGUUCAUCCACUGGACAACAAAGGCAAGUCUUCGAGUUUGAGUACUUGGAUGACCAAGUGUUGGAGGACCUUCUUGAGUCAGAAGAGGAGAAAAGGAAACGAACGCAAGGCUGAUCGAAGAAGACAAUAAGGUUUGAGUAA